UUUCAGUCCAGCUACGUAAAUGCAUUCUACAGUCCUACAAUGAAUACAAUAACAUUUCCAGCUGGUAUUCUCCACCACCAUUUUUCAAGAAAGGAAGGCCACAAGCUUUGAAUUAUGGAGGUAUAGGAGUUGUAAUUGGUCAUGAGAUGACUCAUGGAUUUGAUGAUCAUGGAAGACAAAGUGACAAAUUUGGCAACCUCGCUCAGUGGUGGAGUGCUGAAACCCUUAAGAAAUAUCUUAAGAAAACUGAAUGCUUUGUAAAUCAGUAUAGCAACUACUCUUUGCCUGAGUUGGAUGAACUACUCAUGAAAACAGUCAAAGUAAAUGGACUUCUAACCCUUGGUGAAAAUAUGGCGGAUAACGGGGGUUUACAGCAAGCUAUCUGGCCUACAAGAAAUCAAUGCAGAACGAAAAAACUGACCUGAAACUUCCCGGUUUUCAAAACUUCACUUCUGACCAACGUUUUUCUUGGGAUUUGCUCUGAACUGGUGUGAAGCGAGUUCUAAAGAGUCCCUACUGCAGGAGGUGCUCUCAGACCCGCACGCACCGCACAGAUUCCGAGUUCUGGGCAGUGUUGCCAAUUCUCACGAGUUCUCCACCGCCUUCAACUGUCC